UGUUAACGUUUCAACUGCAUUAGGCGGCCCAACUGCAUCAAACCUCUGACUCCAUUUGCGUCUCUCGCUCACUCUUACUUCGUUGCGACUUGCGAGCGAGCAAGCGGCCUCACUGCGCAGUGUUUCUGACUACUGCUUAAUCGCUUCGGUACCUGAGUUUCUUUUCGCUUCGGUCGCUAUUUCUAGCCUCCAAUUUCAAUUUUCGUGCUCUUCACCAACUUUGUGGUUUUAGUCUCUCUCUCGGCAUUCAGAGAUGCCUAUCAGGCUUGACAUCAGGAGAAAAUUUGCGCAAAGAACCGAGAGAGUAAAAUCAGUUGAUCUGCAUCCAACUGAACCAUGGAUUCUUGCCAGUCUUUAUUCGGGAACUGUGUACAUAUGGAACUAUCAGUCACAGACCAUGGCAAAGUCUUUUGAGGUCUCUGAUCUGCCAGUUCGAUCAGCAAAAUUUAUUACACGAAAGCAAUGGGUGGUUGCUGGAGCUGAUGACAUGCUUAUACGUGUAUACAAUUAUAACACUAUGGAUAAAGUUAAAGCUUUUGAAGCACAUACAGACUACAUUAGAUGUGUGGCUGUCCAUCCGACGCUUCCAUAUGUUUUGUCAUCAUCCGAUGACAUGCUUAUCAAACUGUGGGAUUGGGAAAAAAGUUGGAUGUGUACUCAAAUAUUUGAGGGGCAUAAUCACUAUGUGAUGCAAGUGACGUUUAAUCCUAAGGACACUAAUACUUUUGCAAGUGCCUCACUGGAUCACACUGUAAAGGUCUGGAAUCUUGGCUCCCCUGAUCCUAAUUUUACAUUAGAUGCUCACUUCAAGGGGGUAAAUUGUGUUGAUUACUUCACCGGUGGUGAUAAGCCAUACUUAAUUAGUGGGUCUGACGAUCAUACUGCAAAGGUAUGGGACUAUCAAACCAGAAGUUGUGUUCAGACACUUGAAGGACAUACUCAUAAUGUAUCUGCAGUUUGUUUUCAUCCUGAAUUUCCAGUAAUAAUUACUGGUUCUGAGGAUGGAACUGUUCGAAUAUGGCAUUCCACCACAUAUAGGCUUGAAAACACAUUAAACUAUGGGCUUGAACGAGUUUGGGCUCUUGCAUAUAUGAAAGGUUCACGUCGUAUUGUAAUUGGUUAUGAUGAGGGAUGCAUCAUGGUUAAAAUUGGCCGGGAUGAACCAGUAGCUAGCAUGGAUAACAGUGGGAAAGUAAUUUGGGCUAAGCAUAAUGAAAUUCAAACUGUGAAUAUCAAAAGUGUGGGAACUGAUGAGGUUACAGAUGGAGAAAGAUUGCCUUUGGCUGUGAAGGAGUUGGGAACCUGUGAUCUUUAUCCUCAAAGUUUAAAGCACAAUCCAAAUGGAAGAUUCGUUGUUGUCUGUGGAGAUGGCGAGUACAUUAUAUAUACUGCUCUAGCUUGGAGAAAUAGAUCCUUUGGCUCAGCAUUGGAAUUUGUCUGGUCAUCAGAUGGAGAAUAUGCAGUUAGGGAAAGUACUUCAAGGAUCAAAAUAUUUAGCAAGACAUUCCAGGAAAAGAAGAAUAUUCGACCAACAUUUUCUGCCGAACAUAUUUAUGGAGGGACCUUGGUGGCAAUUUGCUCAAAUGACUUUAUUUGUUUUUAUGAUUGGGCAGAGUGCAGGUUGAUUCGGCGAAUUGAUGUUAUUGUAAAAAAUGUUUAUUGGGCUGAUAGUGGUGAUUUGGUGGCAAUAACUAGUGAUUCAUCAUUCUACAUUCUAAGAUACAAUCGGGAUGUUGUAUCCUCAUAUUUUGAUGGCGGAAGACCAGUUGAUGACCUAGGUGUUGAGGAUGCUUUUGAGCUCCUUUAUGAAAUAAAUGAACGUGUUAGAACUGGAAUAUGGGUUGGGGACUGUUUUAUCUAUAAUAAUUCUUCUUGGCGACUGAAUUAUUGUGUUGGUGGUGAGGUGACAACUAUGUUUCACCUGGAUCGACCUAUGUACUUGUUGGGAUACCUUGCAAAUCAAAGCCGUGUCUAUCUUAUUGAUAAGGACUUUAAUGUCAUCGGAUAUACUCUACUUCUCACCUUGAUUGAGUACAAAACUCUUGUUAUGCGUGGAGAUCUAGAGCAUGCAAGUCAAGUUUUACCUACUAUUCCUCCAGAACAUCAUAACAGUGUGGCUCGUUUUUUAGAAUCUCGAAAUAUGUUGGAAGAUGCACUGGAAGUGGCUACAGAUCUUGAUUACAGAUUUGAUCUAGCUAUACAACUUGGGAGGCUUGAGAUUGCAAAGGAAAUUGCUACUGAAGUCCAAAGCGAAUCUAAAUGGAAGCAACUGGGACAAUUAGCUAUGUCCACUGGGAAGUUAGAAAUGGCUGAGGAUUGUCUAUCACACGGAAUGGACUUAAGUGGGUUGUUGCUUCUUUAUUCGUCCCUUGGAGAUGCUCAAGGAAUACAAAAACUUGCAACCCUUGCCAAAGAGCAAGGAAAGAAUAAUAUUGCAUUCCUUUGUUUGUUCAUGCUGGGUAAAUUGGAAGAGUGCAUCCGGCUGUUGCCGGAAAGUAACCGAAUACCUGAAGCUGCUUUAUUCGCACGAUCAUUCCUCCCGAGCAAGGUCUCAGAGAUGGUUUCAAUUUGGAGGAAUGACCUGAACAAGGUUAAUAAAAAAGCUGGAGAAUCAUUAGCAGAUCCCGAUGAGUACCCUAAUUUGUUUGAGGACUGGCAGAUUUCUCUCUCUCUUGAAUCUAAAGAUGAAGAAAAUAGGUGCAUUUAUCUUCCUGCUGAACAGUAUCCAAUCUAUGCUGAGAAAUCAUCCACUAGCCUUCUUGAAAGGUACAGAAACAUGCAAAUUAAUGGAGAAGAAGAUGCAACUGUAAAUAAAGAAGAGGCUGUUGAGGAGACACUUGAGAAUCGGGAGAAUCAAGGCCAAAAAGACAUUUUUGAGGAAGAUGAUGGCUCCACAAAUGGUGAUCCAAUAAAUAAUAACGAGGAUGAAGAAGAGUCUGGUACAAAGGAUGAGAAUAUUUCAUCGCCUUAGGCAAAGCAAUGCAGAAGAGUGAAUAUUCUGAUGAUCUAUGUUAAGGAUGGCAGUAUUUAUGCUACAUCACUAGUUCUCAUCCGCACAGCUAGUUCCAGCUGUUAUACUCCAAUCUUAAGAGUGACAUGUAACAUUUCUUCAUUACACCGCGGAAAGUAUCUCAUGUAGUUCGUUAGAGACUAGUUAUUUCCCGUGACACUUUUUACACUUUGACAGAUGGAAAAGGAUGUCCCAAAUAUAUAUACAUAUAGUGUCUCAAUUAAAUCCUAUAAAGAUUUUGAUCAGAUUUCUGUUAAUGGUAUACAUCCUAUGUCGGGUUGGCAUAAAGAGGCUAAAAAGAGAACCCAAAUGACCCUACUGCUAUCUACCCAAAAAAUGACCCUACUGCUUCCGGUAUCCUAUAAUUUUGUAGCUAAAGAAAAUCUUUAUAAUAUGAACGAAAUUACUUCGCCUUUGGAAAUUUAUUGGGUUAUUUAUAAUUAUCUCCAGUUUAGCGUUACAAA